AUGGCUGACGUUCAGUCCAUUCGGGCAUUCGGCAAAGCCCGCUCUACCAUCGAGGGCAAGCCCCUGUCUGACGAAGAAAUCAAGCAAUACAAUGAUUAUUUCAAAGCCAGCUGCUACCUUUCUCUGGGUAUGAUCUACCUGCGAGAGAACCCUCUCCUUCGCGAGCCCCUCAAGAAGGAGCACUUGAAAUCUCGUCUUCUUGGACACUUUGGUUCAGCUCCCGGACAAAUCUUCACAUAUAUGCACUUCAACCGUCUCAUCAAAAAGUACGACCUGGAUGCCUAUUUCGUCUCCGGCCCGGGCCACGGUGCCCCCGCCGUUCUUUCGCAAUCUUAUCUUGAAGGUGUCUAUUCGGAAGUCUACCCAGACAAGUCACAAGAUAUCGAGGGCCUCCAGAAAUUCUUCAAGUAUUUCUCUUUCCCAGGCGGUGUUGGGUCCCAUGCAACCCCCGAGACUCCAGGCUCUAUCCACGAAGGAGGAGAGCUCGGAUACUCUCUUUCUCAUGCCUUUGGCUCUGUCAACAAGUUCCUUAACCCCAUCACCGAUGGCGCUGUUCUCCCUGUUUUGCAUCUCAAUGGCUACAAGAUUAACAAUCCUACAAUCUUGGCCAGAGUCUCACACGAGGAGCUGAAGAACUUGUUCCACGGUUAUGGAUACACCCCUUACUUUGUUGAGGGAGACGACCCCGAUACCAUGCACCAGGCCAUGGCCGCAACGCUUGAGCACUGCGUUAAUGAGAUCAGACGCUACCAGAAAGAGGCUCGUGAGAGUGGAAAAGCCACUCGCCCAUUGUGGCCCAUGAUUAUCCUUCGAACGCCAAAGGGCUGGACUGCACCCCGCAAGGUGGAUGGCAACUAUCUCGGAGGAUUCUGGAGAGCACACCAGGUUCCCAUUACAGAUCCAUCGACAAACCCAGAGCAUCUCAAGAUCCUCGAGGACUGGAUGCGCAGCUAUGAGCCCGACAGACUGUUUGACGAGAGUGGAAAGCCUAUCGCCUCAUUGACCGCUCUUACUCCAGAAGGUAACCGCCGCAUGAGCGCCAAUCCUGUUGCCAAUGGCGGAGUUCUUCGAAAGCCCCUUAACAUGCCUGAUUUCAAGAAGUACGGUGUCAAAGUUGAGCACUCUGGCGCUGUCAUGGACGCUAGUAUGAAGAGGCUGGGAGUCUUUUUGCGAGACGUUGUUGCAGCAAACCCUCACAACUUCCGACUAUUUGGCCCCGACGAGACCGAGUCAAAUAAACUGUCUGCUGUCUAUGAAGUGGGCAAAAAGGUUUGGAUGGGCGAAUAUUUCGAGGAGGAUGAGAAUGGCGGCAAUCUUGCUCCAGCAGGCAGAGUUAUGGAGAUGCUGUCUGAACACACCUGUGAGGGUUGGUUGGAGGGAUACAUCUUGAGUGGCCGCCACGGUCUGCUGAACAGCUACGAGCCGUUCAUUCACGUUAUUGACUCCAUGGUUAACCAGCACUGCAAGUGGCUCGAAAAGUGUCUCGAGGUGGAGUGGCGUGUCAGAGUCGCAUCCCUCAACAUCCUCUUGACCUCUGUUGUCUGGAGACAAGACCACAACGGCUUCACUCACCAAGAUCCUGGCUUCCUUGAUGUUGUUGCCAACAAGAGCCCCGAGGUGGUUCGAAUUUACCUGCCUCCCGAUGGAAACUGCCUGCUUUCUGUCAUGGACCACUGUCUUCGAUCCUCAAAUUAUGUCAACGUCGUCGUAUCCGAUAAACAAGAUCAUCUUCAAUACCUCGACAUGGAUGCAGCUGUUCAACACUGCACAAAGGGUAUUGGCAUCUGGCCCAAGUUCAGCACAGAUAUCGGCCAGGACCCUGACCUGGUCAUGGCUUCGUGUGGUGAUAUCAGCACUCACGAGACAUUGGCCGCCAUCGACUUGCUCCUUCAGCACUUCCCAGAGCUCAAGAUCCGCUAUGUCAACUGCGUGGACUUGUUCAAGCUGAUUCACCCAAGCGAGCAUCCUCAUGGCCUCAGCGACAACGAGUGGGUUAGCCUGUUCACAGCAGACACGCCCAUCAUCUUCAACUUCCACAGCUACCCCUGGAUGGUGCACAGAUUGACAUACAAGCGACCUGGAAGCCAGAACAUUCAUGUCCGCGGAUACAAAGAGAAGGGCAACAUCGAUACCCCCCUAGAGCUGGCCAUUCGCAACCAGACAGAUCGAUUCAGCUUGGCCAUUGAUGCCAUCGACCGCAUGCCUAACUUGCAUAACAGGGGUGCGGCUGCUCGACAGGCCAUGUUGAAUGCACAGAUUGAAGCUCGAAAUGAGGCGUUUGAGAGAGGUAUGGAUCCAGAGUAUUUGACCAAGUGGACGUGGAAGCGAGAUGGGUUGUGGAAUAAACAUACAUAG